CUACUUAUUCAGUGGGUGACAUAAUUAAAUCACAGUCGUCUCUUAUAUGCUCAGCACAAUUAUCUCUAACCUGUUCCACCACCAACAAGAGUUCCACGCCACCACCAACAGCUUCUCCACUUCCACCUCCUCCACUCCUCACCCAACCACCACCACCACUGCAACCGCUCCCUCUCUUCUCUUCUCCCAUCAGAUCCUCACUUUCCCUUCUCCCUCUAUUCACUAGCCGACUCUGAUCGUCCCGCCCUCUCAUUCCGCUCUUCAAUCGACGCUUCGUUUUUAGCUCUCUCAAACCCCGGUUCUGACCCACUCUUCAAAUGGCUUUACGAAACGUUUUGUAGAUAGGAUACCCAUCCUCGUUUCAUUUUCUUUCUUUUAUCCUCUGUUUUUGGGUUUGUUUCCGCCGAGAAUUCACUCCUCGGAUUCUGCCUCAAGUCCUUCACUUGUUAGGUUUGAAGCUGUUCUUCUUGCUUUUUACUUAUCUGAAGCUAAAUCCUGCAGCAGUCAGGCGGUUCUUGUGCAAAUUCCUGAUCUUUCUCAACCUUUUCUUCAUCAUACUCCUCGUACUAAGGUUAGUUCAACUUGUUGUCAAGUAUUAGUCUGUCUGUAGGAGUUUUGUCUCCUCUUAAGCCUCAAAUUACUGAUAAGUCGACUAAACGCCCCAUCAUUGUUGGUGUUAUUCUUGAUUGUUAUUUUUUUGGGAGCUCGAAGAACUCUGUACCCAUUUGCCAAAUUCCUCAGUGUGCUCUCGUGGGUGCGUGGGAAAUGUCCAUGUAUAUCGGUCAGUUAGAGUUCUAUAACGGGGAAGCACCGGACCGUAUGAAUAGCUUAUGAGGAAGUUCAUAUUGUGAUGGUAAACAAUACUUCUAUGUCUCUGAGUAAAAUAUUAUGGCUGUUUUAACCGGAAUGUAGUAGCGAGUGAGGGAACUGAUAUAUUUCUUGUGUCAGGUUUGGAAGGCAUAGUUGGUAUUAACUGAUUUUUUGUUGCAUAAGAUGUUUACUUCAUCUAAAUUUGAUGGGAUUAGUUCGUUGGAACUCGGUACUGGAACUGUUAUGUAUCUUUAGACUACAUGGUUAAUUUAUAGCAGAAGUUCUCAAUCACCGAUUACAUGCUUCGCGAACUCACAGUACUCGGAGAAUUCAAGCCGUACGGCUUAAUAGCUGAAGCUCUCGACGACAAGCCUGAAUAUAACAAUGUCGCCGCUGAUAAGUACGACUACUUCCUUUUUGACCCCGAAAUCGUCCGAGACCCAUGCGAACUCAACGAUUCUGAUAUUUCCGAGUCUCCUUUUGGUGAUCAGUGUGAUCACGAGCUCUUCAUUCGAGGAAACACGAUAAUAUGGUCGAUAGGCUCGCGAGUUUUCAAGAGAUUCACGUCUCCCACUCCGGUUAAAAUGGCGUGCUGGUGUCGCCUGGGCGAUACAUCUGAGGCUUUGCUAUGCGUCUUGCAAAUUGAUUCUCUAACGGUAUGCAGCAUAUCAGGUGAAUUAAUAUCCAUUCCCCUUCCCUGUACUAUUACUUCGAUGUGGCCUCUUCCAUUUGAUUUGUUACUUCAGUCAGUAGCUGAAGGAGGUACAUCAACCCAACCUACAUUUUUAUCAACAAGUCCUUUAUCAGAUACGCGUGAUAUUUUCCGCUCUCGGAAAGAUAUUAGUCAGAGUCCAUAACAUAAUGUCGCUUUUAUGGGUACAAUUGAUAAUUUUAAUCAAAGCAGAAACAGCUACAUCUCGCAUCUGAUUCUGAAGGAUUUGCUGGAAGAGCCGCAGAAAGAGGAAAAUUGAGCAUAAUGAAGGAUUUUGAUGAAAGAACAAUUUGAACAAGUGAUCAAGCUUCUCUAAUGGCUUCAUAUAACAAAGGGCUCUGAUAUUCUGCAUUUUCUAUUUUGGGUUCAUAGUUGGUGCGUAUUUGCUUGGUUUUGGACAGUGCAUUGGUGGUUAAAGCUUGGACCUGGUUGCUGCAAAUCUGAUUUGUCUCUUCAUUAUUGGUUCAUGAAGUGUUUGUUGCUUUCAAAGAAGUCUUCUCAGAUUUUGCUCCUUACAUGUGUUUUUGGCUCUACAGUUCUUAUUGGUUCGUGACGUAUUCUAGCUCGUCGAACAAAAGUUGAAAUCGAUAUUUCUGAGAGUUAAAUUAAACAAGUAAACCUUAUCGUUGUAAAUUUUGAAAAGUUAGGUAGUUGAAGCCUUCUACUUGCUUGCAACUACAUUUCUGUUGGGAAUGUUUCAUACAGCAAGACAUAUAUAAAUCAUUUUUUUAUUAUUAAAUAAUUAGUGAAUCUUGGAGCAA